CCACCCAAAAAAAGCCUCAUUUCAGUAAGCGGGGCAGGCUGGGCGGUGUUUCUCUGCAUGGGUGGAGCGCUCAGUCCGGAAAUGUUCAGAACACUCCGUGUUUGUUGCUCGGAUGUGGCCCGUUCCUCCAACUGUGCUGCUGCCAUGGAUUCUCACGCCAUCACCACUCAGGGUCUAGGGCGCCUGAGCAUCUGGAAGACUUUUGGUUCUUGGUGUUGAAGGCCGAGUGAAGAUGCAGGGGGCCGUGGCACGAGUGUUCGUGGUGGUGGCCGCCGCCAUUCUAAACCACCCCUUGCUCUUCCCUCAAGAAAACACCACCUUGCCCGAGCAGGACGAGGAGCUGAUGGCCCGCAUGCGAGAGCAUGAGGAGAAGCUGGAGAUGGAGCUGGCCAAGCUGGAAAGUGAGAUCUUGGAGCUGGAGUCCAAGCAGGAGGAAGGCACCUCACGGGAUGCGUAUAUGUGGUACUUUUGGAGCUCCGUGUCUUUUGUCAUUUUUUUCGUCAUUGAGAUGUGCAGAGUAGAGCUCGCAGAGACAGAAAUCCGAAAUCUGGAGGAUGAGGAGGAUGGUGGCUCCAUCACACCCAGAAUGAUGGUCCUCGACAAGGACAUCCUGAGGAACUUCUGUGACAAAUGCUCUUAUUCUUCUGCCCACGAGAACUGGAAAGUGAGGGAAUUUGUUGAGGGUUUGGCCGAUGACCUGCUGGAGUCGCUCCGAAGCGUGUGUGACAGGGACACGGACAUGGAAGUGGGGGAUUUUGUAGGGAUCGGAAGCAUGUUUGAAUCUUGGAAGGUGUGCGGGCCCCUCGUUUGUGACCUUAUGGUGCCUUUUUCACCUCCACAUCCACAUUUCUUUCAGUCCCAAAUGUGGUGCUCCUCGGAUCAAAUCCCCCUGGACAUGCAGGGCAGCGGCAGGAUUAGGGCGACCCGGUUUGGGGAAAACGACGAGGGCUGCCUCUGCAGCGCUGCUAACAUGGGAGACGACAUGCUGUGUCUGCUGCACAGCACAGCCGACAGACAAAACGCCGGUCCAAACCCCGAUGAGCUUCUGUGCCUCAAGAACACUGACAUUUUGUCCAAAGAUCAAGUCAUGAAGUGGUUUCAGAUUUCUGUGACCAAAGCGUGGGGACGGAUCUCCCACAAAUACGACUUCCAGGUACUGUUCCGCAAUCUGGACGCCGCCGGUGCGCUUAAGGUCCGAUUUCGUUCAGGAAAAGUCAUUCUCCUGAACCUGAUCCCGGUGGUCCAGCUGGAGGACACAGAUGCUUAUUUUGUCUCUCAUUUUCCAUCCGGGUGGGACAGCCCCCCUGACCCCUUCUGGCCCCUUUCGUUGGCCGUCUACGAGAGAAACUUACUGAAGUAUUUUGCCAAGCGGCUACCACAGGAUUCCUGUCAUUCACACUGCCUCCAGAUUGCUGCAUUCCUAAACCGAAAACAGACCGAGUUGACGGGAAAGAGUUUCCUCUCCAGCUACCAUCUAAAGACCGUCCUGCUGCAUGUGUUGCUGAGCACAAAAACAACUGCAUGGAGGGCAGGGAACAUGGAGCACAGGCUUCGGGAUGUGCUCGGCCUUCUGCACCAGAGUCUCCUGGAGAAGAGGCUCCACCAUGCAUUGGUUGGGAACAGAAAAGUUCCCGAGGUUCUUCAGGUUCCUGGAGUCAUUCGUAAAGCAGAACCCAUUAAUCUGUUCCGAUCUCUGGUGCUGCAGAGGCAGCUCUACGCAGCAACUGUAAGACACCUGCAGGAGAUUUUAAAGAAUGCAUCCAUAGUUAUUCAGGAAUAUGUACCUCGCCCAUCAAACAAUGGUUUUAACCUCAGCCUGGAUGAAGGCUUUAACUGUUAGUGUGACAAGCUUUAAGCCUGAUUUACAUAAAGUGGGUUGCUUUUACACAAAUAUUCUCCCAUAGUUCUUCAAGAACUGUAGUGUGGGGCCACAAAAAGUACGCCAAUUUUGGAAUGCAGUACUGGUGUUAUGAUGCUAAAUUUGGACCAACUCAGGCAGACCCAGAUCAUUAUACUACCUCCACAGCUUCCACCAUAUGACUUCAUGUCACCUGUAUGCGUUCAUCUUUGAAGAAGGGAGUACAUCUGGACUCCAAUAGGCUUCUCCUUAACCUGCACAGUCCAGUUUUUGGCAUUCCUUUAAGAUUCUAGAGACUAAUAACAGUUUUACUAAUACAAAUAAACUGUAUUCAUAUUCUCUUCCACUCUGAAACUAUACUGCGAUUGUUUUCCAAUGGGAGACUUAUUACCAUUUAACCGUAUUUUUUGCAUCGUUGUUGCAAUUCUAAUGGCAGCUAUUCUGUUUUGCAAUAUUUGACAAACUCAUUUUUGUUGAUCACAAGCUUGUGUUCUGAGUGCUCUGCAGUUCUUUGAAUGGGACCACUCUGUUUAAACAGGGAGUUAAAUGACACCUUUGUGCACUUUUUAACGAAAUAAAAACAUGAGACCAAAACUAUUGAGACUUUAUUUUAUUUUAAACCAGUAACCUUAAGAAAAUUUUAUUUUUGGGGGAGGGCUAUUCUGCACCACCAAAUAUUUGAGGAUGGAUGACAAAUAAAAAAAAAA